CAACAGCAAUAAUUGGAAUUGCGGAAGGACACAGUUCAAAAAGGAAAAUUGCAAUUGCGAUAAUUUUGCAAAUUUUGUUUUUUGCUUUCACCACGUUUGGCAGGGAAUUUUUAGUCUUAAGAAUCUUAAAAAUCUAUUCACUUAAUUCCAAGAGCAUUACUGAAACAACAAUAUAUUUAUCUUAGUGGACACUACUUCGUGGUGUGCAGCAUACAAGACAAAAACACCGUCUAUUUGGAUUUCGUGCAAGUAGGCUAAAAAUCUCAGCUAAGGAUAACGACACGGUGCAGAGCAGAGAUAUUCGUUCCAUUAUGGAGGAAAGGUGCUCGACAGACGGAUUCUUUAUCGGCACAACCCAAUCCGACGAAGAGAUGGCAGGUCCAGCUUCGUCCUCAUAUAGUUGGCGUAAGAAAAUAAUACGAAAUAAUCGUAAUGCAAAGGCCGAAAAAAUUAAAGAAAAAAAUCAAAAAGGGUCCUAUCGAAGAGCAAUCUUCUUUUGUGCUAGGUACAUUGAUAGGGACCCGAAUAAGAUGACCGAUAACGAGUUUCGGGAUAUAAGGGCGAAGCUUAAAUUUAUCAGAAACUUCGAGUAUAGGUAUCCCCACGUACGCCGAAGAUACCUGCCAAUAGAUCGCAUUCCGCUCUCCAAAUCGGAGGCUACCAGUACUUCGAUCGAUGGGGAAGAUACGGCACGUCAAAAUCCAACAAGUUCUACCAAUUCCAAAAAGCCACAGGCAAUUGAGAGUCCGACAGAUACUUCAAUACCAGCGGACACGUUGGGUGCUGGGGAAACGAGCCCAGAGAUUGUAAAUAUUUCAGCUGAGCUGAAAUUAUCGCGUGGUCAACUAUCAAUUUCGACCAAGGAUCCUACUGUCAAGACUGAAUUCGAUAACGCAACACAUUGGGAUGCCAAACCCGAUGUAUCAUCAACCACUGAAUGGACUGAGGUCCCCAAAGACGCCAGUACCGGUAUGUCUUGGGAGGAUGACCAAUCGGUUUCCCCAGAAGAAACACUAAACUACGAAACAUCUGCGGCAAUUUACACCAGGAGGCCCUAUAAGAAAAUCCACUGUGAAUCGUAUCAAAAUGAUACACCUCCAGAGCUGAUGGUCCCCGACAAUCUUUCCGUAGCAAUUAUUGAUAGAGCCGACUACGAAGGGAAAAUAAGCGAUGGUAAUUGGUUGCGUAUUGAGAGUUAUCUAAGAAGUAUUAUUCUCUCGGACAAAGUGGAUGCAAAUAAGACACGUUUCGGCCAAGCACGUCAGUACAAGGGCGUUAAAGUCAUAAAUUGUUGGAAUGAAGAGUCGAGAAAAUUUCUCAAGCGGGCGAUUAAUAGUUUGACAGCUCCUUGGAAAGGUGCAGAUUUGGUUGCGAUUUCGAUCUCAGAGUUACCCUGCAGAGUAGAGGUGACGGCAUGGGUACCACCUCCUAAAACGAAUGAGACAGAUUUAUUAAAGUUGCUACAAAAACAGAAUAUUGGACUAAACAUUGCAAAUUGGCGAGUGAUCAAAUGUUUUUAUAAAGGUUGUACACAAGUUUGGCAAAUCUCUAUCGAUCGAGAAAGUGUCGAAUACCUGAAAAAGUCUAAAGAGAUAUUGUCCUUCGGGUUGAGUCACGUUUACUUUCGCAUUCCCACGCAGUAGCAGUUGAAGUACUAAAGUUUCGUGGUUAAAAGUAGUAGUUUUGUAUUUUUAGUAAUGUAAUUUUUACUGAACUAUAUUUUUAAUAUUUUUAUUUGGAUUGGCAUUUGUAAUAAAUAUUUUUGUAUGGACAUUUUGGGCUACUCUAAGCUUGCUUCAUCGCGGGUAAACAAGACGGCGGACGACACA